GCUGCUGUGGGCCCCGGCCGGGGUCCGGGCCGUACCCGACGAAGACCUCAGCCACCGGAACAAGGAACCUCCGGCGCCUGCCCAGCAGCUGCAGCAGCAGCCCGCGGCCGUGCAGGGCCCCGAGCCGGCCCGGGCCGAGAAAUCUUUAGUGAGCUUCCCGGCAUAAUGAUUUCAGUCCAGCCUCUUCAGCAAGAUGUUCAGGUAUUUUGGUGAUCCGGCUCCAGUCAACCUCUCUAGACUUUUUAGUCCUCACUCCCUUGCGCAAUCAUAUGCUGUACUCAAAUCCAAGACAUGCCAUGUGCUCUGUUGCUAGUCUCUCCAACAAAAGGCCUCUAAAUAAAAGGGCUUUAGUGAGCUUGAAGCCUACUGAUCAGAACCUUUCCCACCCUUCAAGAACCAGCAGAUAUCUCCUCUCCAUGAAGACUUCCCUAAAAUUUCCGGGCAAAAAGUUAUUUCUCUCUCCUGCCUGUAACUUGUGUGCUCAGCUGACCCGGCUCACCAUUUCCACUUCUGAAAUUGAACUGAAAUGGUGAUUCAUGAAAUUCAUUCUUAGUGUUCAUCAUUUAGCUUUCUGCCACUUAACUCACUAUCAGAAGUUUAUUUUAAAGUGGUAAAUAUUUUGGGUUGUGUAACUUUCCAGACCUUGCAUUAAAGUUUUAGUCAUAUAGUGGUUUUUGAGAUACAAAUAAUGGUAGGUAUGCUUAUCGAUACCUUUUUAGACAGCUAGGAGAAAUAUAGUCGUGUAAAAAAAAAAGGCAGCAGUAUCCAGUGACCAUAUUUAAGUGUCUUAAGGAUGCUUGUCUUUAAAACUGGGGGUGUGAAGGGAAGGGACAGGCACAAGAUAGUAUGAUUUUUGUCUUUACUAUUUUGAUAUAUUCUCUGUGGUUCUUCUUAGAUAGGAAUUUACUCUCUUUGUUCUGUAUUGUAGUAGAAUCUAAUUAUUUUGUUUUAAUUAUAUUUUCACGUAACUUUUUGUUAUGGCUCAAGUGUCUUUUUCCCUCUAUGGUAUUAUAGUAUAUUGGAAGAGAUUUUCCUUUCACAUAUUUUCUAAGCUAUGUAAUGUAAGUAUCAUUUGCUUUUUUUUUUGUCCACUUGGCAGAAGUAAAAUAUGGCCAGAGUUCAGUUUAAUAGCCACGUAAGCAAGGAUUCAGCAUCACUGCAUAUCCGAAAGUUUCAACUGUUUUGCUUUGCAACUGCAUGGAGCAGAUCUUUUAAAAGGAAAGGAUUUACACCAGCUGCUCCAGUUCAUACCAAUAAAGAAGAUCCAGCUACCCAAACUAAUCUGGGAUUUAUCCAUGCAUUUGUGGCUGCCAUAUCAGUUAUCAUUGUAUCUGAACUGGGUGAUAAGACAUUUUUUAUAGCAGCCAUCAUGGCAAUGCGCUAUAAUCGUUUGACAGUGUUGGCUGGUGCUAUGCUUGCCUUGGGCCUAAUGACGUGCUUAUCAGUUCUGUUUGGCUAUGCCACCACAGUCAUCCCCAGGGUGUAUACAUACUACGUUUCAACUGCAUUAUUUGCCAUUUUUGGCAUUAGAAUGCUUCGGGAAGGCUUAAAGAUGAGUCCAGAUGAAGGUCAAGAGGAACUAGAAGAAGUGCAAGCAGAAUUAAAGAAAAAAGAUGAAGAAUUUCAACGAACCAAACUCUUAAAUGGACCAGGAGAUGUUGAAACGGGUACAAGCACAACAAUACCUCAGAAAAAGUGGCUGCAUUUUAUUUCACCCAUCUUUGUUCAAGCUCUUACAUUAACAUUCUUAGCAGAAUGGGGUGAUCGCUCUCAACUAACUACAAUUGUUUUGGCAGCUAGAGAGGACCCCUAUGGCGUAGCAGUGGGUGGAACAGUGGGACACUGCCUCUGCACUGGACUGGCAGUAAUUGGAGGAAGAAUGAUAGCACAAAAAAUCUCUGUCAGAACUGUGACAAUCAUAGGAGGCAUCGUAUUUUUGGCAUUUGCGUUUUCUGCACUAUUUAUAAGUCCUGAUUCUGGUUUUUAACAUGAUACUGUUCAUUUAUAUUUAGUCUAAGAUAGGUGAACUAUGUACAUAGUGUAUAUUAUAACUAAAAGUGAUGGAAAAUACUGUAUUUUGUAGCAUUGAUUUGUGAGUUUGACCCAUUUAAUGAAGUAUUAUGUCCAAGAGAAAUAAUCACUGAUUCUAUUUGCGAAAUGGAUUUUUAAAAAAAAAAAAACAACUGAUAUCUAAGUGUGGAUUUUUUCUUUUCUCCAGCUUAAUUAUGUGAAUAUGGUCUCCUUUUCUUGGCCGGGGCGAGGUGAGGGUAGUAUAUAGAGAGCCAUUGUUCGGCAGGGGGCCUGCCACUUGAUUCUCUUUCAGCACUGACCCCUUUGCAAGGACUAUGAGUUUUGUCCUGAAUAACUGAGGUGUUUUACGACGUUUGUUUACCUUAAAAUUUUUCCUGGGGGAAAGAAUGAAUUAAUUUCUAUCAUCUAGCUAUCUUUUAAAACAUUUUCCUGAGCCAGUAAGCAGUGGUUUAUCAGAAUAAUCAGAAGUCUUUUCAAAAUUAGGUUUUUGGGGCUUCCCUGGUGGCACAGUGAUUGAGAGUCCGCCUGCCGAUGCAGGGGACACGGGUUCGUGCCCCGGUCCGGGAGGAUCCCACAUGCCGCGGAGCGGCUGGGCCCGUGAGCCAUGGCCGCUGAGCCUGCGCUCCGCAACGGGAGAGGCCACAACAGUGAGAGGCCUGUGUAUCGCAAAAAAAAAAAAAAAAUUAGGGUUUUUGUUUGUAUGUUUUUUUUAAGAGCAAGGGAAAUGCAUUACUGUUAAUAACAUGACAAGAAUUGUCUGCCAGGUCCAUUCUUUUUUUCAAUUGGGUAGGAAACCCAAUAUAAUAACAGUCAGUCAAUAUUUGACCAUGUGGAAUUACCAAAUUAAAAGAGAAUACCGUGAGUGUAUUCAUAUUUUUUCUAUAUUGAAUAAACAAUGUAACAAAGAUACAACAUAAAUAAAAAAGUGUUAUGACCA